AUGGAAUCCAUCAGCAAAAGUAUCAAUCAAUUUUCAUUUGACCUUUCCAAAGAGCUAGGAAGCUCUGAGAGGGAUAAAAACAUUGCAAUAUCACCACUCAGUAUCUCUGCAGCCCUGUCACUAGUGCUGCUAGGAUCAGGAGAAAACACAGCUACUCAGAUUGAGCAGGUGCUUCACAUGCCUGAAUCUCAAAUACCCCUUAAAGAUGAGAAAAAGGGGUUUGAAAAACUAUGUGGAAGAAGAAUGAAGAAAAAGGAGGUUCAUGAUGUGCAUCACCAGUUUCAUGAAUUGCUAAACCAGUUAAAAUCUCAAAAAAGUGACUCAGUGCUUACCAUCGCCAAUGCAGCAUUUACCCAGCUGAAUUUCCCUUUGUUAAAGGAAUAUUUGAGAUCUGCUGAGACACUUUAUCAGGCAAAGCUAGAAACCGUUGAUUUUCAAGAUGAUAAAACAAGGCAAGAAAUAAACUCAUGGGUGGAAGAGCAAACAGAAGGCAAAAUUACAGAUUUAUUUCCAGAAAAUUCACUGGACAAAUCAGCUGCUUUGGUAUUGGUGAAUGCUGUAUAUUUUAAGGGUCAAUGGAUGAAAAAGUUUAAAGAAGAAAAUACAACAAAUGCUCCAUUUUAUAUAACAAAGGAUACAGAAAUAUCAGUUCCAAUGAUGAGUAAAAAAAGGGAAAAAUUUAAUAUAGGUAUAAUAGAGGAAAUUGAUGCAGAAAUUAUUGAACUUCCCUAUGGAACUGGAGAUCUAUGCAUGUUCAUAGUUCUUCCUAAUGAAGUUGCUGGCCUACAAAAGAUUGAAGAGCAAAUCACAGCUGAAUCUUUAAUGAAGUGGACCAGCUCAAACUUUCUGACCUCAAUGAAAUUAGACCUACAAAUACCACGUUUCAAGAUAGAGACGAACUACAAUUUAGCUCAGUACUUAACAAACAUGGGAAUAGUGGAUGCCUUCAGCCAGCAGAAGGCAAAUUUAUCUGGGAUGUCGGACAUAGGCCUAUAUGUGUCCCAGGUGAUUCAUAAAUGCUUCAUUGAUGUUAAUGAAGAAGGAACAGAAGCUGCUGCUGCCACGGGUGCAGUCAUUAUGCCAAAGUCUCUACUGCCACCUAAAACGUUUAUUGUCAACCACCCAUUUUUGUGCUUUAUCAAACAUAUUUCUACAGAUACAAUCAUUUUUCAUGCCAAGGUUUAUUCUCCAUAAAGAAACAUAAACGCACAGAUGUAUAUGAUAAAUUGGGUAAAUCUAGCUUUGAAUCACUGGUAGGGGGUCUGCAUUUAAAGGGGUUGUACAGGAUUAGUAAACAUGGCUGUUUUCAUCCACACGUGGACACAUGUUAUACCUAGUACUGCAACUCAGCUCUUUUGUAUAUGGGGCUCUGAGCUGCAACACUACAAACAACCUAUGGCCUGCUGUGGCACUGUAUUAUUCUAAUCCUGUAGAAGAAUUUUAAACUUGCUCUUAAAGUAGAACUUUUUUUAAUAUGUGUCUUACUAGUCAUAGGAAGAGAUUUAUUUCAGGAAAGUUAAAUAAUAUUUACAUUGUAUUUGAGUACAAUGAGUGCUUUACCUUAAAGGGGUAUUCCGGGCAAAAACAUCUUAUCCCGGGUGCUGCAGGGAGAUCGCGGGGGUCCCAGCAGCGGGCCCCCGCGAUCCAACAUCUUAUCCCUUAUCCUUUGGAUAGGGGGUAAGAUGUUUUUGCCCAGA